AUGAAAUUCGGUGAGUCCCUCAGUGAAGGCUUGGUUCCAGAGUGGAAAGAGCAGUAUGUUGACUACAAGGCAGGAAAGAAGCUCAUACACAAGGCAGCUGCUAGUCGACAGGCGUACGAGGAAGUCAAGACAACCGACACGACGCCAUUGCUUCAAUCUGCUAAUGAACCUCCCUAUGUCCCACAAGUGGCACCUCUUCCUCCAGCUGCAAACCUGGGUAAAGGCGACGAGUCUCUGCGGCGAAAGGCGUCGAUUUUCAACUUCUCCAGCAAGUCCAACAGGGACAAAAAGGAGCAGUUCAACGAAGAUAAGACGCAUUUUUACAAGUGGCUCGAGGAUGAGUUGGAUAAAGUAGAUUCGUUUUAUAAGCUGAAAGAAAAGGAAGUUUAUGAGAGGUUUCUUAUUCUCGAGGAUCAGUUUUUUCAUCUUAAGGACCACAGGAGCCACAUGCAAAAACGUGUCUUAUCGGCGACAACGUCCAAACUCCCUGUAAAUGCAACAGUUGAUGGUCUCACGUUCAAGUUCAGAGCCAUGGUGCUGCGUCUCCAGAAGUACGAGUUCCCAACUCUUCCCUCCACGGCUUUCCUCGACAAGUGGAGAGCCAGCAAACUGUCCAACAACGGCAUUCGCCUUGAGGAUAGGGACAAGAAAGAGGAAUACGAUCCAAAUUAUAUAGAAAACCAAAUCAGGAAUGGUAAUCUAGAAUACCUUGAGUCUGACUACGACGAUGAGCUGAUAAAUCCUUCUGAGGAUGAGAGGAUGCCUCAAGUGCAAGAACCCACGCCGGCUCAGGUCAAGCAGACAAAGAAAAGAGACUACACGAAAAAGAAGAGCUUUGGGGUGCCAUAUCUAUAUGCAAAGAGACAGCUCAAAGGUGCUCUUGUUGAGCAUUAUAGGCUUAUUGCCUUGCUCAAAUCGUAUAAAACUAUGAAUAGGACAGCGUUCCGCAAAAUCACAAAGAAGUUUGAUAAGGCUGUGGGAAGCAGCAUGUGCAACGAUUUCAUCAAGAGAAUUGACAAGCAGUCGUACUUCCUUACGAGCGGUAUCCUUGAUAAGAUUCUGAACCGUGUGGAAGAUUUGUUCAUGACUUACUUUGAUAACGAGCAUCAGGAUAAGAAGCAUGGUUUAGAAAAGCUCAAGAGCACCACUUACGCAUACAACAAUGCCCAAAUGAGGCAGCCACUGUACUACUUCAGUACUUUUGCAGCAGGAAUGUUCUUGGGCAUUGGACUUCCACUAUUUAUUAUUGGCUUGGUUGUAGCCUUGGACAAGACACUCCACGGGAAGCUUUAUGAAGGUCGUUUCUUGCUACAGCUUUGGGGUGGUUUUUUCCUUAUUAAUCUAGCAUUUUUCUUCGUUGGCAUCAACUACAUCGUGUUCAACUACUACAAGAUCAGCUACAAAUUCAUAUUCGAAUUCAAUUUGUCUAAUGCGUUGGACUUCAAACAGUUCUGGCUCCUACCGUCGCUAAGCUUCGCAUUUUUGGGACUUUUAGGUUGGUUCUCAUUCAGGGACUUCUGGCCGGACACUUUUCCUGGCAGAACAUUCCCGCUUAUUUAUUUGGGUGUAAUGCUCAUCAUCUUUCUCUGGCCAGGUACCUCGUUUUAUGGUUCAAGCCGAAAAUGGCUACAAAUAGCUUUAUGGAGAAUCUUGUGGUCGGGAUUCUACCCAGUUGAAUUCAGAGACUUCUAUUUGGGAGAUAUAUUGUGUUCGUUGACUUAUCCCAUGGGCAAUAUCUCAUUUUUUUUCUGUCUCUACGCUGACAAAUGGAGGCACGUUUUGGGAGGUGGCAACGUACCGUCAUCCACCGUGAGAUGUGGCUCUGGCUACUCGCGUGUUAUGGGAUUUCUUCAGUCACUUCCAUUAAUCUUUAGAUUCUUGCAAUGUCUUCGCCGUUACAUGGACACGGGUGAUGCGUUCCCGCAUUUGGCCAACAUGGUGAAAUAUUUGGUUGGAGCAAUCUACUACUGUUUGCUUAGUGUUUGGAGAAUCAAUCGCACUAACCAAAACAGAGCCGCUUUCAUUACGUUUGCUUGCAUUAACUCGAUCUAUACCUCCAUCUGGGAUAUUGUUAUGGACUGGUCAUUGGGGCAGACAACUUCGAAAAACUUCUUGUUGCGUGAUCACUUAUUCUACAAAAAGAAAGGGUACUACUAUGUGGCCUCGGUGGUUGAUGUGCUUCUUCGUUUCCAAUGGAUAUUCUAUGCCUUUUUCUCGAGCCAAAUCCAGCAACUGGCAGUGACCAGUUUCUGUAUUGCUCUCGCCGAAAUCUUCCGUCGUUUCAUCUGGAUGUUCUUCCGUAUGGAAAAUGAGCAUUGCACAAAUGUCAUUCUCUUCCGGGCAUCCAGAGACGCCCCCUUGCCAUACAUGGUGCUGGCUAAAGUUGAAAAAGCAAUCAAGAGAUUAGUGGACAUGAAAUACGAUACACACAAGACUUCUGAGGACGAGUUCUCUCCAGACUCAGAAACCAGUUACAGUUCAGGUGGCCACGCAGAGCCCUCCUUGGCGAAAGCGUCAAUUGCAAAAACCACAGCCCUCAGUAGACAGUCGGCUAAAUCAGAUCGUCCCUUUGAUGAGGAGGCAAGCGAGUCUUUCAAACUUUCCCAUAAGAGCCAUGCGCCGUUGGGCGAGACAUUGCGCAGGCGUUCCACCAUUAACGCCAUUCUGGAUGCCUUGAACAAGGCCCACAUUAAGGAUUUUCAAAGGAAAACGUACUCAGUACCUAUUGACGAUAGUGAUGAAGAAGAAGAGGAUGAAGAAGAUGGAAGAAAAGUUGGUCCUUCUCGAGGCCAGAACAAACAACUGCCAUAG